AUGCCCUGGCAUUCGAGGAUGUGGCUUCCUGGACAUUGGGUCCCAGUGCGAGCUACGAACUGGACACGGACCGCCUGGAUAGGGUUCUCAUGUCUACACCACCCGACUGUCCCAAGGCCCGCUCCUUUUUGCAUGCUGGCACUCGACGAGGAGCAGUACUUCGGGGCUGAGUAUGGGCACCAGCAGCAGCGGACCUCCUGCUGGGCAUGCUACCAGGCAGAAGUCGGCAACAAGACUCGGACGUAUGCGGCCUACCUCAAGUACUUCGUCCACCUGCCCGCAGAAGAUGGCGCUCAGGAUGUCCACUUCACUGUCGCAGAUGUGUACUCGGGACAGGUGUUCAGCGGGGGGCUGGUGGUGGUCAACAUGGCGGCCGCCCAGACAGCGAGGGCAGGCAGCCAGUGGGAGAUGUGGCAGGACCUAGGGCUGCCGCUAAGUGAGCUGAAGGGCAAGUUCUGCACAGCCGCCCCGGAGGGGGACCGAAAGGGGCUGAUGUACUUCAUGCCAUACACACACUUCACCAACCGCUGA